UUUUCAAAUGAAGAAGAAAAUUGAAAUACGUGGAUCUGACAGCCCAAAGGUACUAGGAGUGCAUUUGAAAUGUAUCUUUUGUAACAUGUCAUUCGUGAGUGAUGUACUCUUAAAAAAAAUACCUGACUAAGGGGAUUUUUUUCCCCGUUUUGUACCUUUCUUAACCGAAGUGCAGAAGGGUGCUUUAGCCAAAGGCAAAAAGCACAUCUUCAGACACAGGAAUCCCUGCAGCAGACUGGGGUUACUAAAUAACACGCUCCAGCUCGGCCUUUAAAAGGAAGUUUGAUCUAUUCCGGUAUACCUCAGCGUGCAGUAUAUAUAUCACAAGAACUUUUACGCUCAACCCCUACCCAAGCGUACUGAAAAAAUAAAACUUUUUCUUUUUUUUCCCCUCCGGGUGAACCCAGCGGCCGUUUUGAAAGCCCCAAUGUAAUGGAGAAAAGCUUUAGUGCAUUUAUGUGCUUUUCAGGCUUUUCAGUCAAACCAUGGAAGAUCAAGUCAAGAGUUAUGGGCCACAGCUGUGCUCUUCCAUUGAGACCUUCUAUAGGACAUCAGCUGAGCUGAUUAAGAAAUGGUGACCACAGCUACGUUCCCUUAUUCACGCUGAAAGGCAAAUCCGUCCACUUGAUUGAGAAGCAUUGCCUUGCAACCAUAUUUUCCCAUUCGCUUUCAGUGGGCGGCUUAGAUUCGAUUAAGAAAUACUGUCCUAUAAUUACAUUCGGUCUCUCUCUCAUGCUAUGAAAAGCCUCUGAAGACAAUUCAGGGUUUUGAACUUUAAAUAAAAAUGGUCCUGACCCGUGAAUACGUAAGCACGUACUGCAGCCAUCUGAGCAGCCUCGCUAAACUUGAAUGCUUGCCGAAUUGGUCAGUGAUUUCAUCUUUAGCAGCGAUAUCAGUGCGAAGAGUUAGCAAUUGAGGGUUUUGAAGCUGUGCUGCCUUACAAUGAAGACUUAAGUAGUAAUUAAAUUCUCAAAGAACCACCAAGGCUCCUUUGGAUGAAAUGAGGAUGUUCCAAGCUCUGGAAGUUGUGUCGUGAAGGAAAGAAUGUUUAGACAUGACUCAGUCAAAGCAGCGAAGACUUCUGUAAGAGAUGGAUAGAUGCAAACAUGUUGGGCGGCUACGACUCGCCCAGGACCAUUCUAUCCUGAACCCGCAGAAGUGGCACUGCAUGGACUGCCAGACAACCGAAUCUAUCUGGGCUUGUCUGAAGUGCUCCCAUGUAGCCUGUGGGAGGUACAUCGAGGAGCAUGCACUUAAACACUUUGAAGAAACCAGACAUCCGUUGGCAAUGGAAGUUAACGAUCUGUAUGUAUUUUGUUACCUUUGUGAAGAUUAUGUCUUGAAUGAUAACCCCGAGGGUGAUUUGAAACUGCUAAGAAGUUCUCUGUCAGCGAUUAAAAGUCAAAAACAUGAUCCGUCGACAAGAAGUGGCAGGACUUUGCGAUCCAUGGCUUUGGGAGAGGACAUGUGCAACCAUCAAAGGACCCUUCAGGGACAGUCUCAGAUGCUUACAGCUCUCUGGCACAGGCGCCAAUCCUUGCUUACAAAGGCGCUGCGGACUUGGUUUGAUAAGAGCUCCAGAGGCCAGCUGAAAUUACAACAGAAGAAACAAAUGGAGGAGUUGGAGAGGAAGAAGGAGGCAGCGAGGCAGCGGCGGCAGGAGAUGAAGAGACAGCUUCUGGAGGAGCUGGCAAACACUCCUCCAAGGAAGAGCGCGAGGCUGUUGUCCCAUGUGCACAGAGAGAACUUGAUUCCAAGGAAAUUCAGGGAGGUGGCGACCGCUUCCCCUACCUCAAGGCAGAUGCAGAGCAGCAGGUUCAAUCAGUUUUAUUCCAUCCGGCGUAAGCCUCUGAUGACUCCCGGGGUCACGGGUCUAAGGAACCUGGGCAACACAUGUUACAUGAAUUCUAUUCUGCAAGUGCUAAGUCACCUCCAGAAAUUUCGAGAAUGUUUUUUGACGCUUGAUCUCUGUGAAACAGAAGAACUCUUAGCCAAAACUGUGAAUGGGAAGUCUAGGAUGCCUGGCAAAUUGGCAAAUGGAUCCGCUGCUAACGAGUCAGGGAAGACUGACAAAGUGGGAUCGUAUGGCACGCAGAGCUUGCCAGCUGGCUUAAAUGGUGGCUCCUCGAUAAGCAGGAGUUUAGAACUGAUACAACCCAAGGAACCAAGUUCAAAGCACAUCUCCCUCUGUCACGAAUUGCACACCCUCUUCAGAGUGAUGUGGUCUGGCAAGUGGGCGCUCGUGUCCCCGUUUGCCAUGCUGCACUCUGUGUGGAGCCUGAUCCCAGCGUUUCGGGGCUACGAUCAGCAGGACGCUCAGGAAUUUCUAUGCGAGUUGUUGGACAAAGUACAGCAGGAGCUGGAGUCGGAAGGCACGAAGCGCAGGAUCCUCAUCCCUUUCUCUCAGAGGAAGCUCACCAAGCAGGUCCUGAAGGUGGUGAACACCAUUUUUCACGGGCAGUUGCUCAGUCAGGUCACCUGCAUAACGUGCAACUACAAAUCCAACACUGUUGAGCCCUUUUGGGAUCUUUCCCUGGAAUUUCCCGAGCGCUAUCACUCCAUUGAGAAAGGGAUCGUCCCCGUUAACCAGACGGAGUGCAUGCUGACAGAAAUGUUGGCCAAGUUCACAGAGACUGAAGCUCUAGAAGGGAGGAUAUAUGCAUGCGACCAAUGCAACAGCAAACGGCGAAAGUCUUCUCCUAAACCUCUUGUUCUGAGUGAAGCUAAAAAGCAGUUAAUGAUCUACAGGCUACCUCAGGUCCUCCGGCUGCACCUUAAACGAUUCAGGUGGUCUGAACGCAAUCACCGUGAGAAGAUUGGGGUCCAUGUCCUCUUUGACCAGGUACUAAACAUGGAACCUUACUGCUGCAGGGACUCUCUCUCCUCUCUUGACAAAGAGACCUUUGUCUAUGACCUCUCCGCUGUGGUGAUGCAUCAUGGUAAAGGGUUUGGCUCAGGACACUACACAGCAUAUUGCUACAACACGGAGGGAGGUUUUUGGGUCCACUGCAAUGACUCCAAACUGAAUGUAUGUAGCGUGGAGGAGGUGUGCAAAACCCAGGCCUACAUUCUCUUUUACACUCAAAGAACAGUGCAGGACAAAGCAAGAAUCUCAGAAAAACAACUCCAAGCUCAGGUGCUGUCCAAAAAUAGUGAUAAAGACAGAAGACUGACAUUCCCAUGAUGGGAAGUUCUAUAACUCAAUCAACGGUCUCAGUUGUUUUUUGUUUUGUUUUAAACCAUUGGUGUUCACAUCUUUCCUCUUUGUAGGAAAAAAGGCUCACUGCGGGAAGGGGAUCAGAUCGUGGCGUUUGCUGCCCAGGGUCUGGAGAAGUGUAUCAAGCUGUGCAAUUCUGAUGCGUACGAUUGUAGUCAGAAUCUUGGUUUUUAAUGAAUAUUGUUAAAUUAUGCUCACAAAACGAAAAGGGAGAGUUUGAUGCUUUGUAUCAUUAGUCUCAUAUCGAAAUGGAUUUGAGUAACAUGUAACAGAUGAGCACAACCAGGAAAUAGAAGCAUUCAACUGGCUUACAAACACCUUCAGCACCUAGUAAUGCUGACAAACCUCUAGAAGGAGCAGGUAUCAUACCAUCCCCUUUAAUUAUCGUUCAGAUUUCCAGGGUUUGAAUCACACCCAGGUAUUUAUUUUUAUGAUUGUCGGAUAGAUGGAGUUGGCUGCCCUUAAAAGCCAUUCUUGCUGAAGAAAUGUUUGACGCUCUUCUACAAGAGAAAAUAUUCCCCAGACCUCAGCUCUUUCUGUGAUACUAAUUUAUUUGCCAUCAGAUAAGGGCAAACCAGUGGCUGGCUAUUUUUGUCAACAGCUCUUUUUUUCAGUGUUACGGGGGCUGUGUGCACACUUGAUGGUUUAUUCUCUAGGCUGAACUGAAUAGGCAGCUAAAUUCACUAGGAAUGUGAUUCUUGAAACAGUUCUGCUCUGGAGGAAUGCGUGUUUUGUUUUGUUUUAAACCAAACAAAGAAAGCAACAAAAACACCCUGUAAUAAGACAUGAAUGUACCUGUGUGUGAUCAGUCAUAUCUGUUUACAGUGGAAGCAAAAACAAAGCCUAUACUACAGGUUUCUGCUGGCAUCACCGUGCUGAUCAGGUUAUAAGGAAUUCAAAGCCCUGGCUUGCACAGCCGUGACAGCAGAAGCAGUUAGAACGGAGGCAACUUACACUGGAAAACCGGCACUUUUUUAUUUUUUUUUAACAAGUGUGGCUUGUUUUCCUCAGGGGAACGGGAUGAAGGUAAUACCACGACAGUAGGAGACAGAGCUAGGUUCCGUUACUGCUCCUGCAGUGGGAAUGUUCAUGAGUUCUGAUUGUUACACAAGGUCCAGAAUAACUGAAGGCAGUGGGGUUGCACAGAUGCCGUGAUGUCAUGAGCAGAAUUUAACCUGUGAAGUCUUUAUUCCUGCUGGGGCGUAAGGGGAAGGAAUGUAGUUAACUGUCAAAUCACAUGUUGAGCUUGAAAGGCUACAGUAACGUCUGUAUCUUGUAAUCAUCUUGAUUUUAGAAUGUAGGGCCCUAGUUGACUUUUUAUAGUCACUUCUCAGCCUACAGUUGGACCUCAGGUAUUUUUAUAGUUUGGGGUUUGACUGCUCACGUUUCAUAUUUUAAACAAAUCUGAAUAUGUAACUGCGAAGAUACGUGACAUCUUUCAAUCUUGAUGGUUGCUUUUUUUUUUUUUUUGUAACGGUUAUAGGUUGCUGUCAGCUAAAAUAUGAGGCUCUUCAAAAAAAAAAUGAUUUAAUUUUCAGGAAGAGAAGUUCUGAAAGCAGAUCUCUCUUCUUCCCUCUUCAACUUUUAUCCUUGCCAUCAUAUGCCCAUCAGUCAUGAAUUAAUGUACGUUAUUGUUAGAGGGGGAGAACAGGAAAAUUUCCCAAAUACCAUUCCUCUUUUUCCACUGCCACUACUGCAACUUCUGAUUUCCUGUCCUGUGGGCAAAUUGAUCCGUUUUACUUCGGCUGACAUUAGUCACUUCGGCCAUGCAGAGAUGAGCACAGCAAAGAUGAAACUCCUCUUUUGGUAGAGCACAGUGCCGCAUUAGGUCUCCUCUGUCCUGAAAGAUUCCCAUUUCCUGCACGUCUGAGGAACACGUGGCUUUCUGAGCCUACAAAAACUGAUUUUUACCAAUUAAGAAUAAUUCCGAGUUCGUAUGCUCAUAUUUCUUUGGAGACGAGUCAGUUUGAAACAGUCCUGUGGGAACUAAUGGAAAACUUUAACUUCUGUUUCUCUAAAUGUAGCGUGGCCUGGAAGGAUUUCCUACGAAUGUCUAUAUCUUUGUAUUUUCUAGGUAGCAUUAUUUUUUGUGCUACUAGUAAAUAAAAUUAAUGCAAAUGCAAUAGGCCAGACUGAGAUGGAAUAAAAGUAAGCGUGACCCUGCUGAAUGCGGAGGAAGUUGCUUUGGCUUCAGCGCAGGUAGAAGUUGGCAUUCAUGAGGGAACGGAAAUCACGUGCUCGCGACUUUCAGGUCCGGGAUAUUUUCAGAGACGUGAUGGAUUCUUUUCUAGAGCAAAACACGCUUUGUGAAGACGACACGCCUCAAAAGGCAAACUAAAGGAAAAGGUGUUUUGACGUUGCCUUCUUAAUCUCAGUGGUGGAAGGGAAAGCUGAACAGUCAUGGCUUACCGUGACUACCAAAUGACGUGUUCGCGUUCUGAAUCCCUUAGCCGUGCUGGCCCUGUUCCUAUAAAGCUUGGUUGUUGUUAUUGCAGUGAGCCGAGACUCUUGGCUAUGAAUGCUCAUCUUUUGACUGAGUGUUUUGCGUUAAUGUUUGAAUUCAGGUAGUAAUUAAUUGCAGUUGUCAGCGAAUUGGCUGGGUUGCAGAGGGGAGCUGGGAGCGUACCUUUAGCCGUUGGUGCACCUGAUUGCCCAAGCAGAUCUUGUAGCAUUUGCUGUUGACAUCUUUUGACAUUAGUGGCCUCUCCAUGUGACGUUAGCCUACUUGUGCUGAGACGUGGAGAUACUGCGGUCAGAAAAAUGAUUGCCCUGAUAGGGAAGGAAUGAAUUAUACUUCAAAGUAAACUUGCUUUUUCCAACACUGUGAGGUUUCUGUAAUAUUUAGCUUUUAUUUGGAAGCGAUAGCGUAUAGCAUUUUUUAUGCUGUUUGGUUUAUAUUUGUCUACUGCAGGCAUCUUUGUAUAAGCAUAGCCCAACGUCCCCGUCAUGGUGGACACUGUUUUAUAGUGUCCUGCUUGCCAGAAAUAAUAAUUGGAAGCUACUUCUUUACAUUAGUAAGACAAACAAACAGCUUGCAAUUACAGUGAAGCCCACUUAAGUGAAUGCCUGACAAAGUGCAGCCUGUGAUGCAAACUUUGUCCCUCCUUUAAAGGUUUGGCUUCAAAUCCUGCUCAUACAGUGGUGCAUGGUUAGAAGAAUUCCAAAUGCAGGCUCUACUUCUGCAAGCACCUAAGCAAAUGAUGUAACUUAGCUCAGGUGUGGAGUUCAGCAUCCAAAGUUUUGAGUCGCAAGCUGAGUGUCUGCAGGAUUCGAACCAUUAUUGUGGUCCCGCUGGAAGUGGAAUUGGUUUCUGUAGGCACUGGGAUUCCUGUACCGGGGUUCAGUCCUGUAACAAGGAGCCAGUUACCUCGAGAAAUGCUGAGAGCAAGUGCUGGGUUCGUGGCACCGUGCAGGUUGUCUGAGGGCGAGGGAAGCCACUGUCAGGCUCGUGAGUACGCAGCCUUCGGGACAGAAGAGUUCCCAGCGUGUCCUUACUCUAUUCAACUUGUAAGUAAAUUGGUGUUAAUUUCAUGCUUUCAAGAAUGAAGAAUCUUAAUGUAUUCAUGGCCAGGUGUGCUACAACAUCUGCUGUAGUCAUUAGAAAACACUUCAUUUGAGCUAACUUCAUUCCACUAGCGAGUUAGUUGCGCAGAUUUGCUUGUUACCCCUUUACUGCCUGCAUGCCCAAGUUAAACUAUGCACACCACAAAAAUGGUUUCUCUGCAAAGCAGUGGAAAAAAAUAAAGACAAUUUUGUCCCCAUUAGUUCUGACCAGAGCAAUUCUAGAGUCUGGCUUUGGAGUUGUCAAUGGGAGGCAGCAACUGGAAGAACGCAUAUUAAAUGCUUGACAUCAAACUUCUCUGGGUGGCAGCACCACUGCCGUGUACUUAAGGACUUCCAGACGGUUUUUUGAGCGUAGGAAUAAAAUCGGAAGCAGUAAAAGCAGUAAGUGUGUCCUAUGGACUCACUAUCAGAAGUUAUUUUGGUUUGUAAAAGCAAGGCUUCUAGCAGAAAUAUUGUCUUGGUGGCAAUUUAGACACGCUUAUGUUGGCUGUGAUGUCCCCAGGCCUGAGUGUGUUUAAUUGCACCUCAAUGAGAGAGACUAAUGAACCUUCUGGCUGUUGCCCGAUACCCCAGGAUAAGCUACAGUGGAAGCCAACAGUACUGUGGAAUGGAAAGUAUUUAAGGAAGAGACAGUAAGUAGAGGGAGAUUAGUUUAACCUGCCAAUACAAUUUUAUGAACUAAUUUUGUAUGAUUCCUUAGAAUUGGUGCCUUGUUAUCCGAUAACAUUUUGCAUGGGACAGAAACGUUGGGAAUUCGGUCAGGAAUUCCUGACUGAAGCAGCAGAUUUGUGUGUUUUUUAUAAGUACUCUCAAUAUCGCUGACGUUUUUACAUUUCAUAUCCGUACGUGAGUGGAAAAAGUUUACCAGCAAGCUCAGAAGCUAGCGUUUUACUGUUACGUGUUUGAAAUCUGUGUCUGUAAUAAUUCAAGGAGCAACUUGUUCAAAGGCAGAUUAGAUUUGGCUCCUUAGAUUUUUCUCAUGCCAUCUGGGCCCCUUCCAGCCAGGUCAGUAAGUUGACAUCUAUCACAUCAGGUAACGUGGUGCAGGGAACACACGCUCCAGUGGGGUGGGGUUUUUUUUGGCAGAGUAGCUGUGGCUUUGGAAAAGACCUUCUGUAACAAAUGCUGAUGGCUGCUUCAGAAAAAAGAAUAUAGUUCCCCUCGCCAUGGCAGUGUUUGCACAGAUUUCUAAUUAGCAUAGCAAACAUUUCCACACCUGAGCAAAGACAUGUCGUGGUAAUGCCUGCGUGAGCAUCUUAUGCAAGAUAUCGCUUGUGGAAGGUGGCCAAGUGGCCCUUCCACAAGUGGAGCAAGUAGUAAAAUCCAAGCAGCAGCUCCGAAUUCUGCCUCUGUGUGUCUAAACCCUUCAGCUGGUUUCAGAUCAGAUAGGACGGACUCAGGCAGAGAACUUAAUGCCCGUGGGAAGAGAAAACCUCAGUGAAGUGUCGGUUUUUUAAUGCCUGUUAGGUCAACAUUGAUACCUGUUUAUUGCAGGUGGAUGGAUGGGAACGUGAAGCGUUCUAGCGAGCUUUUACAUUUGUAAAAUCUACAGCACAAAUGAAACGAUCAAAAGCUCUGUAUGUCGGUUACCUGUACCAACUUGUGGUUGUUUGUGUUAGUUCGUUUAAGGGGUGUGCCUUCAGGCUGCUCCUUCCAUGGCGCUUAUUUUAUUUUCUCUGUGUGAGAGAGAAUGGCUUCCACUUCUUUAAAAGAUAGCUGCAUGGUGGGCCAAAAUACCUUCAAAAGAGUUCUUAGGUCUUAAAAACGCUGUUUGCAAUGUGCAUCCCCAAAAGGGGGGAGGAAGGAGGAAAAAAAAAAAGACCGGGCCAGUGGGCCCAAGGCUGACUUUAACCACUGUUAAUUAUUGAUUGGUUCUUGGGUUCUUCUUGAACGGCCGUACUGCUGAUUUGGUGCAGGUUGGGCUGAGGGAAGGAGACGGGAGGAAUGAAACUGGCAGCAACGAUAAAGCCAAGCUGGCCGCAGCAGUGAGCUGUGGUCUACGCUCAGUAGAGACAGGAAGCGUCUGAUAUGCAGAGCUUGUGCGUCAGGCGAUUGCAUACUUUGCAGGUGUAGGCAUUAACAAAAUCCAGAUGCAGCCUCAUUAGCAGCAAGCUCCCAGUUCGGGGGGGGGGCAAAAAUUUCUUUUAGCAGUAAUCUCACACUGGUGCUUUUCCAUUUAAAAAUUGCAGUUCCUAAGGAACAGUACCCCAAAUCCUCAAGUUUUUAAAAAGAAGCGACCUGCUUAAAGCCCACGACGUCACCGUAAAUGCUUCCAUAGCUGGAUGUGAGAAAGGAGGUGAUACAGUUGGUGAUCAAACACAAUGUGGUUUGUACUUUUUCGUCUUGACAACAUGCUUGCAGUAGAGGUGGCAGGUAGUGAAUUUCACUUUGUUUUCCCCUGUGCUAAACCUCCAGUUCUGGGCCCUGACUUGUCGAUUAGAACUCUGUGGAAACGGGGGUAGAAAAGGCCUGAUUCUGCUCCUGCUUUACAGACACUGUCCACGUGAGCAUCUCUUUGUGGGAGCGUGAGGCUUUUGAAUGUUCCUCCUGCUGAAGAGGCGCAAGCACCCCUUCAGCACGGGCAGCGUGAAGUGUUACUUAGGCUAGCCUUAUUUCCUUAGACAACCACAUCCAUGCUAUGGGGCUACCCUGCACUGCCACAACGAUUCGUCUGAUUGAAUCAACGCCCCGUUUGUGGACAGACGAGGUCAAAGAAUGUAUUACAACGUGGGCAAGCCAGAGCUCCGCAGGUGAGCGGUGCCACCACAGGUUUGUGGUGCGCCGUUGUAUGGGAGCUGUGGGUGAGAAGUUAGGGUAACCAUCCCUGGGGCUCCUCCUGCUUUGCACAGUGAGCCUUGGGUCUGCAUAACUCUGUACCUCGGAUUCGGGAUUUGUAGCACGUGUCAUCUUUGCUCUCCUUUCAUUUAUUAAAUGGAGUUACUUAGGCCCGGCCCUCGUGGCUGUUUCCUACUGCUACGAGAUGAGCUACGCGUAUCCACGUGAAGAUCAAGUGUUCACCUUAUCAGACGUGCAAAGUACAGGAACCGAGAGCCCAUGUAAAAGAGGUCUGAGUUUUUCCCUGCUUAAUUUCGGCUUUGGUGAAGCAGUCACAACCUAAGCCACAGCCUGGACAUCUGCUUAACUAAGCAGUUUACAGCAAAGGAACAAGUGGCUACGUUUGUUUCCAGACGAACUCUUUUACAAGUCUGCUUUUCCAUAGAACCAACCUGGUUGCAGGGUUCGGGGUGGUUAAAGCAGCUUCUCCGAGAGCAGUGCUGAGCUCCUUCAGGUGUGGCAGGCGCGGGUGGGAUGCUGCUGGGGAGCUUCCACUAAUGCCUCGGGAGCUCCGCUGUUGACUUGAGCAAGGGCAGAAUUAAAGUUAAUCUUCAGGCCUUUUUAAAGUUAAUCCUGCUCUAAGUUAAGAUCCCUGGAAGGGUGCCGUUGGCAAAGGCUGGGCAGAACACGAGCGUUUUUCUUUCAGGAUGAAAUCCCCUUGUGAAAACAAAAGUAAAAAGCUGCUCUGCUUUCUUGGAGAGGGAUCAAAGCUGGAGCUUGGGUGGGUUUCCUGAUUUGUCAGUGACUUCUGGGGGGGCUUAGUUUCUGCUUUGAGUUUCUGCUGCUUACGUCACUAAUGACUUAAGCCGGUGUAUGCCGUGCUGCGCUCAUGAAUGAGCCUGCCUUGGCUUCAAGGACACUCCUAGGCAGCAGCGAGUGCCGAGAAUCCAAUUAAUGACCGAAUGUUUCUGGCACUCUGUCCAGCUGUCUCAUAGCUCGGAGCAAACACUGGAAGCACUGCUCCUAAUCACGGGGUCAGCAGCUUUUAUUUUAGUCAAGGUUUAAGACAUCAAGUAAGUCACCUGCAGCAGCCUUACGUACUUCGCUGCGUGAACUACCCCCUGCCUGAACCCCGGCCUCGGGAGGCGAUUAGUGCGUUCUGAAUCAAAACUCCGAUUAACUAGAAAAUGACCUAAUGUUCUAAUUAAUCCCUCAGAAACUGGUCCUGCAGAAUUCGGAUUAUCCGUACUUGACAAGAACUUUUUCUUUACGGGAUGUAAGAAGUCCUGCUUUGAACGCAGCAUUUUAGAACAUCUGUGUCAGUAGUGGAAUUAAUCUUUCAGGCAGGUUACAGGGGCAGUUCUCAGCCACGAAGCGCGGGGGCAGCGCUACUUCAAAGGAAUGUCUUCAGUUAAAAACCCGUGCACAACUGUUCAAAGAACCCGAAGCCAUGUUGCAGUCAUGCUGCCGUAACGCUCAGGGCUGGGAAGUUAUUCUGCUCUACACCUGGCAUCUUGUGGAGCUGCAGUGUCCCCUGUCUGCUGAAAUUACACCUCCAGCUCCCCCGGCAGCCUCACGGGUGCUUUCGCUGCCCCUUCAACAGCUUCACCACCCCCAGCUGGACUCCAAGGCGGUAAGGGCAAGCUGUAGUUUCAGGCCAUGGAACUAAAAUGCUAUGCAACACCAAAUGGCUUUUUUUUUUUUUCCCCAAAAAAGAGAGUCCUAAUUCUUUUACAGUAACCAUCCCAGCUUUAUCUCAGCCAGACAUUACCCACGAAACCUUCCGGUGGUUAGAGUUUACCUAGGGCUUUUUACAGUUUUGUUUUUCCUUUUGAAUAAGUAGCUGAUGGGUCCUGCUUACAACCCAGGACUGGACUUGUUCCUUUGUCUUUUGGGUGUGAAAUAUAAAUCAUGUUUUUAUGAUUUUUUUGUAAAUCUUUACUCUUUUUACACCUUGUUUUUGUAAGCUGAAGUUUCUUAUUAAAAAAAUGAAAUUCCA